AUGCACAUGCUCGUGCUGCGUGGGCAGGAGCCCGCUGCUGCCCCGCUCCGAGCAGGCUGCCUGCGGACCUGCAGCUUCCUUCUGUGCCACCCGGGCUCUCUUAGAGAUAACCGACCGCCUGUGUGGGGGGAUCACUGGAAGCGCUCUCAGCAUGUGAGGCUCUGGUGCCACCGUGGUGGGCACAGCCUGAGCAGUGUGGGCCAGGGACGCCAGGACAGCCGCUUGGAGCCACUGGAGUGUCGGGACCUGCUGGUCCAGAAUGCACUCUUCACUGGGGACCUGGAGAUGGUGCAGAAGUUCUUCCCCAAGAAUGCAGCCAUCAACCUCAUCAUUGAGGCCAGGGGCGAGGAGCUGCGCUGGACUUGCAGGAAGCUUGCCCAGAGCCUGGCUGAGGAAGGCAGCAGCAGGUUCUGCACUGGUUUCUGUGGAGGGUUUGGGCCCUGCAUCAUGGGCAGCAUCAAAGGCGGAGGAGACAAGAGUCGGGAGCCCAUCUGCACCCGCAAAGUGGAUGGCCCUGGCCAAGCCUACUGGCAGGCCCUGCUGACUGGGGAUCAGGAGAUUGUGGCUGAAAUCCUCAGUGAGCCUCAGAACAACCUGAGUCCCAGUGCUGUGUUUGACACCAGUGACCUGGAGGAGUGGAAGAACUACCGCUUCAACAUCCGCGGGCUGAGGCUCUGGUCGCUGAGCUACGAGCAGGAGCUGACCACGCCGCUGCACAUCACGGCCAGCCGGGGCUACACCGCCUGCCUGCGGCUGCUGCUGCUCCGCGGCGCUGCUGUCGACUUCGCUCCCGGCGGCUGCACGGCGCUGCACGAAGCAUGCAGGGCCGCCAGCGCCGACUGUCUGCGGCUGCUGCUCGACUUCGGCGCCGACCCUCAGGCCGUCUCGGAGGACGGAUACCAGCCCCUGCACCUCUGCAAGAGUCCAGACUCCAUCGAGUGUGUCCAGCAGCUGCUGCAGCAUGGUGCCUGUGUGAACAGCCGCACGGAGGAGGAAGGCGACACAGCGCUGCACAUAGCAGCCCGGCACGGCUUAACGGAGCACGUCCGGCUGCUCCUGUGCCACGGGGCAGAGCUGGAGGCAGAGAAUGAGGAGGGGCAGACACCGCUGAACGCUGCCUGUGCUCAGCCCCAUCAGCCCCAGGACAUGGGCCGUUACUACCAGGUCUGCCAGCUGCUGGUGGAGAGCGGUGCCAGCAUCAAUGCUGCAGACAAGGACCGUCAGCACCCACUCCACCUGGCCUGCAAGAACUCAAAUGCUCAAAUCGUGGAGUUACUGCUGGCCCAGGGUGCAAAUGUCAACGUCAUGAACUACAGCGGGAACAUGGCUCUGCACAAUGUCCUGCAAACAGCACCCUACAAGCUGGAGCACCAUCCAGAGCUUGUGGUGCAAGCCUUGCUCAACCAUGGCGCCGUCCGUGUCUGGCCUGGCUCCCUCCUCAAGGUGCUGCGGUACUGCCACAGCUGCCCGCGUGUCGUGGAGGCCCUGAUGAACAGCUAUGACCACGUGCGUGUCUCUGAGGACUGGGUGGAAGCGGUGCCAGAAGAAGUUGUGCAGAAAUACCCAUGUUUCUACCAGUCACUGUUCUCCCUGGAGCACAGACCUCGCUCUCUGCAGCACCUGGCUCGCUGUGCGCUCAGGACCUUCCUGGAGGGCCGUUUGCUUCUGGUCCUUCCUCAGCUGCACCUGCCAAAGGCCUUGCACCAGUUCCUGCUGCUUGGCUUUGAGGAUGUUCUCUACUAAGGGCUGCAGUUCCAGCCCUGUUGUGCCCUUCUUUGCAGAUGGUCCAUCUCUGCUGCUGCAGUUCACAUCUCCCCAGCUCCCCCUUUCCCCUUACACACCUCCUGCCAGUCCAUAUCACUUCCCCAAGCCAAACCUGUUGUCACAUCCC